UCAUCGGUGUCGUCACGGCUGCCCCGGUGACGUCAUGGCGGCGGUGGAGGGGGCGUGGCCGGGGCGGGGGGCGGAGCCCUCCGAGAGCAGCCCCGAGCCCCCCUCCCCCUCCUCCUCCCGCCCUCCCCUCUCCGACUCCAGCCCCUCCCCCACCGAGACCACGCCCACCCCGCGGGGGCGGGGCCCGGGGGGCGGGGCCAGCACUCGCCCCACCCCUCCCACCCUGCCCGGGCUGUCCAGCGAGCGCCCCCUGGCGUUGUUCGAGGAGGAGCUGGCGACGCGCCCGCGGGUCCCGGCGCUGCUGCGCAGGAUCGCCCCGUACAGCGCCCUGAGCCCCGAGAGCGACACCGCAGCG